UGUUAUGGAUUGACACCAAUGAGAUAGUGUGCCAACACACAUAGAGAUAUACCCAUCUAAUGACAACAAGCCAUAUCUAUACUGCAAUUAACACGUGACAAUGUAUUGCAGCAAUCAGGUGUAGUGAGGAAGUGGGACGGAGGGAAGACAGGUAAGGACGAGUCAUCUCUCCGCCGUCUGUCUGCAUGCCCUUACACAUACCAGCCCUCGGGACUAUAUAUGCUAAUGAGAUCAGUCAAGUGACUGGGGGUAGAUACGGUACGUACGAGGGACUCAUGUGAUGCUGUAAUUAGCGGCCGUCCAAUGAGAGACAAAUGCCGACCAGUACGUGGCCGUACUAAGUGACAGCCCUUCGUACGACUAAUUCAUUCAUGUUUGUAUAUAUACCUACUAUAAUGUAUAUUAGAUGGCGGACUAACGUGGAUGGAGAGAGUGAAGUCUCGGUCUCGCUGUGUGUAACCCUGUGUAUCAACUACAUGUAGCUGCAGCAGAAACUAAACAAAGCAUAGCAGACGACACAACAAACAUCACACUAGUUCUGUUUCUUGGAAUCGAAACCAUGGAAGAUUUCCUUCCACUUUGGUCGAGCCUGGAACGUGAGCAGUACACGUUACAACGGUUGAAUUCGGCAGGUGAGGAAACGGACGGUAGCCAUGGUGACCAGAGAAGCAGCAGUCCCUCCAGUGUGUGGAGUCUGGAAUCCAUGGAUGAUGAAAUGUAUCUAGAAUAUUUGUUUUCUCAAGGAUUAGCGGAUUCUAUGGAUAAAACGGGGCAUAUGACUCCUGAAAUUGCCGAGUUUGAUAUUACCUCGGUUCCUACCUCUCCUGUCAAUACCAUAAACAUAAGCGCUAGUGCCAAAUUACCAAUUGUGCACUGCGAUUCAUUUGUCAGUGCCAGUUCACCUUUGUUCAUAGACAGCGCUGGUUCUGAUACGUCCGAGGACAGUUCAUGUGAUGAUGUGUUCGCUAGUUUUCCAAAUACGUGUAAUGAUAGUUCAGAAAAAGAAUUCGUGGUACUAGGAGUAGGACUACAGAAUCUAAUGCAUUCAUACGCCGCCAAAGCAGUGCCAACACAGGGCCAGGAAAUAUCCAUAGACUUUCCAAGAAAAACCCAAAUGGUAAACAGGUGUAACCGGAGUUACCUUACCAAACCCGGAUAUUCGUUCGCUUCUUCAGGUGCUUUAUUAACACAAACAAGCCUAUUAGACCCCGCCAAAAUACGAUCAAUCAAAGCACAUUCGUCCAAAGCAUUAGGCAUUAACAAAGACAAAAUAGAGGAGAAGAUUUAUCACUGUACCUACGCCGGUUGUAACAAAGUGUAUAGUAAAAGUUCUCACCUGAAGGCUCACCUACGGAGGCAUACCGGUGAGAAACCUUUCGAGUGUACCUGGUCAGGUUGUGGUUGGAGGUUCUCCAGGUCAGACGAACUAGCUAGACAUAAACGAUCUCACUCUGGAAUCAAACCCUACCAGUGUAAACUAUGUGACAAACGUUUUUCCCGGUCCGACCACUUGUCGAAACACCUUAAGGUUCAUCGUAAAAGGCAGACGUCAUAGAAGGCCGCACAGCUCGACGCGCUGGCGUGUACGGGCCAUCGAUCGAGUGGGAUACAGAUAUAUAUAAGAUCGAGCAACAUACCACAGGGAGAUCAAACCGCCGGGGUACACCACCUGACCCGUCCCUCAUCUUCAAACAGAAAGGUCAUCUCGGCAUUGGACGACGUCGGCGCGGUUAAAUCUGAUAAAUCGUCUCCCGGUUUGUGCUACUGAAGAAAGCCGGGAAAUGUUAAAGAUGCAGGUGGUAAUAUGUUUUAUGCUGGAGAUAGCGUUGUUUUAUACUGGAGCAUGAUAAACAGACAGCUGAAAUAGUUUGCAUUGCGUGAUCGAUGUGGACGGAUCAAUAGAUAGGGAAUAGUGGAGAUGUAAGGUUAGGAAGAGCUUGCCUGAUUGGGGGGCUCAGUGUGUACAUCUCUAACAAUCCCCUUUCAACAAGGCAAGCUCGCAGCUACACAACCCCUAACAAAAGAGAGAUCACGGAGUCACAAUCUCCAACCAAUUGGGUUUCAUGGAGCAACACAUCUAGGUUUAAUAUAUUGAUGUCCAUGGACCCACAAACUAAACGAAUCCUUGGUCACAACCUCCGCUACGUACAAUUUAAGGAGGGUUCGCUGUGCCACUGACUACAAGAAAUGGGGGCCAAAUGUCCUCGUAUAUCAGUGACGUAAAUAUACAGAAAUAAAAAAACAAAUGUAUGUGAUACAUGUGCCAUGAAAGUCGCCCGAGGGCAGGAAUUCCUCGUGUGUGAGACGCCGUACCUAUAGAGGGCAGCUUGUGACAGGUAUUAUAAUGUAGUAUAUGGAAGCUAGUAGACCCAUGUGAUGCUAAGUCAACCUAAAGUAUGGAGCGGAUGUGAACAAAAAAGUGCUAUGCACUAGAUGAGAGUGCAAGUUGAUAUUCCUGUGUCAAAAAUUACUUUAUUUACCUUAAACUUGGCGGUCAAGCGUUUUAAGUUAUUUGGUCAAGUUUGAACUACAAUUAUCCAAGUUUGGACUCUAAUUGGGGUAGCCUAAACGAAUGUGAGGCUGACAUUAUAGUCAUCGGUAAUACAUAUUACAGAUAGCGAUUCUGAUAACCGAAUGCACCUGAUCAAAGGUACAGACUACCGUACCACUCGGCCGUUGGACCAUAAGUCCGGCCGGGGGUGUAUAUCAAAGUCUUCCUCGCGAUAACUGUGGCGAGAUAGAGUGAAGAAAUUUAUCUACCCAGCGAUAAAUAUCAGAUACAUCAG